UCGGCCAAGCCCAACAGUGGUUGAUCUACCACCUGCGCUCCCUUCGGAGACUGCGUGUCUUGACGCUGAAGGACCCAUACCAAAACCACGCACAAGCACGAAAGCCCUCGAUACAAUGGCUGUGUCCAAGGAUCUACCAGUGAGAGUCGUAGAACACCAUAUCACAUCUACGACUACUGAAGACAUCGAGGAUACCGAAGACACCCCCAAACGCCGGUCAAGUUCCACCUCACUUCGACUCCAAGGCCUCAUCUCGGCAAUUCAACGUACCCGCGCGUUGGUAAACUCUGAGCGGAGACAGAACGCGGUGGUCGUCCUCCAAAAUGACCCCGAGAACACGGCUCUCCAUCUGUGAGGAGACCUUGAGAUGUUUCAACCGGGCAUGUAUCUCUCUUUUAUACCAUCAAUCUUUCUCUCAAUACGCAUUCAGUGAAACAAUCUUGUAUAGCUAUCAGCAUUUUCAUCUUUUCAUUUAAAGGAAGAAUCUCUUUUGUAUAAUUUUUCAAUAACAGAAUUAUGUAAUUGUUGUAGUCUGUAUUCAUCUACUCUAUAUGUAACUUCAUGCUGCUCUUGUUGAUCAUCCUCAUCCAAUUUUUUUCACUUUUGAAUGAAAAGACUCAGCUUGGUGUACCAAUUCUC